GAGAACCAACUCAGAUCGGUACCACAGAUCAGUCUGAACAUCGAAGGGUACAUUCUAAUUCUAGUUAUUCCCGGCCUGUAAUCCCUGAAGUGCGUUUUGAGAUUUUGAAUAUGUUCCUGGAUAUCAUCUAUCGUCAGAUGAUGUCUUCACAUCAGAUAUUUGUGAGAUUACUAAGUAAUAGUUCACUGAUGCCUGGUUUGACAGCUUGCGCAAAGAUUCCGCUUCAAUCAUCUGUAUCUUCAGCAAACCUUUGUCGACCCCUGCACUCGGCAACAACUUCUCAUGCCUGCCUUUGGACCGGUCUUCACCAGACUGGUACAUCAUCCCUUCUCACACAAACAUCCACUGCAGUCGCAUUACAGCAGCCAAGCAGAGGGAAAGCCAGAGGGAACGAGUACCAGCCAAGCAACCGAAAGAGGAAAACCAAGCAUGGCUUCCACAAGAGGAUGAAAACCCAAGGAGGAAUCGGAACCAUCUGGAAAAGGUUGCUGAAGGGGCGUAGACUCUUGACCCAUUAGCUCUGUGCAAUUUAAUAGACACUGACAAUGUUUGAUGCAGAUAAUGAAUUUCUGGUAGAAACUGAUCUUGAAGAUUUAUUGGAAUACAGAUAUGAUUGGAAACUCCUUGAUUUGGCCUUGAUAUAGCUUUACCAGGGGCAGGUGCUCUCUUUGCCCCCC